AUGGCGAGACAUUCCAAGAAGAGUAGGAGACGCCGUGAGAACGAACAGGUGUCCCAUGAUGAGAAGAACGCCGCUGAUCACGGCGAUAGAAAACGUGGGUCGAGUACCAGAAGAGGAAGAGGUAGUGGAAGAGGCAGAGGAAGAGGUGGUGGAAGAGGUAGUGGAAGAGGUGGUGGAAGAGGUGGUGGAAGAGGAGGUAGAGAUAGAGGAGGCAGUGAAAUGAAUUCUAAUAGACGUCCAAGGUUCUCUGGACAGCCUCGGAUGUCAUUUCCCGGUUUAGAAGAGUUCGAUGAGACAUUGUAUGUUCCGUCCAAGACAGGCACAUCGCUCAUGGAUGGGAUAAGAUAUACUAUAAGACAUGAGCAAGAUGAUAUGGAACACAAUGGGUUCCGGUUCAGGCCGAUUGAGUUUGUCCGGUCUCAGGAGAAGUAUGAUCCUCUGAAAGACUUGAUAUCAAAGUUGAAGAAGACGACAUUGGACGACGACGACAUACUAGCUGAAGUGCUUGAGGAGAUGGAAGAAGAGGAAGAGGAAGAAGAGGAAGAAGUGGAGGAAGAAGAGGAGGAAGAAGAGGAGGAAGAAGAGGAGGAAGAAGAGGAGGAAGAAGAGGAGGAUGAGGAAAAAGAGGCCAUUGAAGAGGAUAAAGUUGAGGAUGAAGUUGACAGUAAGAUGCAUUACUCUUCUCUGGAACUGGUACAAGAAUCAGAAGAUGAAGGUGAAAGUUUAUAUGAUUUUGAAAUUGAUAAUGUUGGUGAUAAUCUGACUUCACAUUCAAAGUCUAAGACUGCCAAGAUUCUUGAUAUAGUUCGAUCAAAGAUGACUGCUGCUGCUGCGGUCUCCGAAGAACCAUCUGCGAUUGAAUAUGAUCCGGUCAUCACCAUUGGUAAUGUCACAUUGCAUACUUCGAAAGACAGUAGAGGAAACACAACUGCUGAUAUGUACACGGUUGCAGCUUUGAACAGCAUGUCAACAACAGGAUUUGUUGAUGAAGAUGAAGAUGACUCUGAAAGUACGGAUGACUCGAGUUCGGAAGAUGAUUCCAUUGCUGAUUACAUCGCCAAUAUUGAGGAAGAUUCAGAAGACGAUGAAGGAGAAUCAGAUUCAAAUUCAGAAUCAGAUGACGAGAAACCGUAUGGGUUCCUUGAAGAGGAUUUCGAGUUUGAUUGUUCAAAGAUUCAGAUAUCAAAUGUUCGUUUUGGAAUCCAGAAUCAAGUAUAUGUUUGCAACGAGGAGCUCACAUGUGGUGAAUUUGCAUGGAUAGACGAAGCUGAGGUUCACCAAUAUGUGUUGGAUAAUGGAGUUCCACAACAUCGAUUGACUCAAUUCAUGAGACACAUCACCAAUGGCCUUAUAGAAUUGCCAAAGAAGGACAAAAAAGCUCAACACGAUGAUUCUUAUUCUGAUAUCUAUAUCUCAUCCUCAUCAGAUGAAGAUGAAGAUGAAGAAGAAGAAGAAGAAGAAGAAGAUUUAGAAUCCAUACGAGCAAUGGCAGCAUUUGCCCAUAGCUCUUUAUCCAGACCUCCAGAAGAUAUGAUUCUUACCAAAAGCUUACGAACCAAAGGUAAAGGACGUAAGAAGAUGUUGGAUGUUGACCAAAUCCAAGUGGAAUUGGAUACUGAAAUGCGUCAACGUUUAAUGGACCAAUACCAAAUACAAAAGCAACUGAAGAAGUUAAGAACAGCUCAAAGGAAACAAGAUCAACAACAAAGAGGCUUGAGUAAAGGUGACUUAUCAGUGAAAUAUCCAUAUGCCAUUAAGGUAAGUGAGAUGAUUGAAGAAUUUGAUUCAUUUUUGAAUGCUGUUGAUCGAGUAUCAGUUUCGUUCCCUCCAUUAGAUCCCCAUGGCAACAGAACUUUAUCCAAGCUUGCCAGAUUCUAUAACAUGAGAACGGACACUUGUGGAAGUGGCAAGAAGGUGUUUAUCAAGGUUUCAAAGACCAAAAAAUCGUUUAGAUACUUGCCAGAUUAUGGUAACAUCAAGAGUAUUCUGAGACAAAGACCUAUAUUCAAACGAACAGAUGUCAAGGGAAUUCUAAGACCAGAAGUCCCUGAAAGUGGACCAGAAAAGGAAAAGAAAGGACCCAAGGUUCAUUAUCGUGAAGGAGAAGUUGUUGGAGAGAAUGCACCACUGAUUGAAAAAGAUAAUUUUGGUAGACAGCUACUCAUGAAGAUGGGAUGGAUAGAAGGUGAAGGAUUAGGUCACGAAAGUAACAAGGGAAUAAAUGAAGCUGUUGUUGCCAAGUAUAAGAAGACAAAGAUGGGUAUAAGGUAA